AUGCCCGACCCAUUGACUGCUCUAUCGACUGCUGCUAGCGUCGUCUCUCUGGUAGACGUAACGAUCCGAGCCUGCGAAGGCAUCUACGGCCUUGUCAUCUCAUGGAGGAAUGCUCCCGGUGCGGUCAAAGAUUUGCGGCAAACGGUCGAGGGUAUCGAAUCGAUCCUUCGCAAUCUAAAAACAUUUGUGACAGAAUAUGAAUCUUCAGUCCCGUUUCGGCAACAUCGCCAAGUUUUACCUGAUUCCUUGAAUGCAGAUAUCAUCAGCAUUGGAGAGACCCUAGGUCUCCUGGAUGGAAUCUUGACGUCGAGUGGCGAAGCCAAAAACGUUCGCAGAAGGGCAAGAUGGGCUAUUGAUGAGAAGAAAACCCUGGAGAUAGUACAGCGGCUAGAAACACAGCAAGUUGCACUCAUUUUGAGCCUGCAGACUGUUGCACAGAGGAGUUCGAUCGCCCGUCACCAUGACAUGUUCAGGAUUGAAACAAACUUGAAGCAAAGCCAUGCCAUUUCGACGGAACAGGUCUUGAAUGCACUGAAGCCCAUCAGCCGGCGUUUAGACGUCAUCGCACAAAACGAAGCAAGUGCCUCGAUGGGACACGCCUCAUUGAGUACAUCAAUUGAAGCGCUUCGAGAGACAAACCUUGACCUUCACAACACUCUAGAAACCAAAUUGGACAAUUUGAUGUCAGGCCUCUCUCAAGCACCCUUCCUGAGAGACUCCAUACGAUCAGAGAUUCUUGUUCGACCGUCCACCAAUGGUGUUCUGGCCAGGAUAUUUAGGACGGAGCUGAAACACGUUGUCAUCCCCAUUGUAGAGGAACGCUUGAACGCUUAUAAUUCUGCAUCUGAGGCACAACUCGUCGCCAUACGUGAGAGCAUCGAUUCGAUGGCAAAUGGGUUCCAGCAGUCUUUGCAAAGCGUCUCUCGAUUAGACGCAAACACUUCUUACCAGGAUUCCGGGCCAGAAAAGGAUGGGUUUGGAAGGGAAACCCAAGAAAAUGUCCAGAGCCCAGCAGCUACCAGCCUAAGCAUCGGCCAAUACCCCGAAGUCUAUAGAGAAGUCAGUCCUUCUAGCGCUCUGAUUGACCCUGCUACGAGGCUCUGGACCCACACUUGGUGCUUUAGAUGGAGGGUAGGAUCCUUGCACGUCACAGCAUCGGCCUUCAAAAUGGAUAGUAGGUACCAAAAAUUCAGCAAUGCCUAUCAAAUCAGCCCCAUUAGUGGGCCGAGGAUUGGUUACAAAUUCCUGAUGACUUUCAUACCAGCACAAAGUUUCCUGUCCUUGAGAGGGAUCUCGAUCUCCUGCAGAAGCCAAAGAGAUCAGCGUGGAUAUCUUGAACUAUGUCCUAUACUUUCGUCAUUUGCUGUCAUUCCUUACAAUUCUGAUGUCUUUUCAUUCAGUGCAAAAGGUGAUUUAGAGGGACUUCGACAGCUGUUUUUUAAUCGAGUAGGAUCUCCCACAGAUCGAGAUGAAGAUGGGUGGACUCCUUUACACUAUGCUGCAAGAUCUGGCAACUAUGAGAUUUGUAAAUUCCUUCUGACAGAGGGCGCGGAUCCUCUCGCGCUAGCCACUUCUGGACGCUUGAAUAGAAACUGUUUGGAUCUGAUAGCCCAUACCGGCUCAAUGUUUCCAGUGAGAGCGUGUGGGAUGCCCAACAAGGUUGACUAUUGUGCUGCUGCUCGGCUUCUACACAAUGCUGGUUGCGACUUGAAUGAUGGCAAUAUUUGUGGGCUCCUUUGGUUUCCCGAGCCACCGUUGCCUACACGACUCCCACCAUUGGACCGCAGACUCUUAACGAAAAUUAGGAAUCUCAAUUAUGAAGACUCUGACGAACUAAUCACCUUUCUCCGUUGUCAAGUCCUAGAGAUAGAUGAUGUUAAAGCAGAUGAGCUCGCAGAACAGUUGCGGCAUUGCUUAAAUGUUACACCCUUCUUCAAAUCUGCCGGAAUCGGAUACGGUUUCUACGCAACACAAAGAACAUACUACCUCUGUGGUCUCGGUGCUAAUGUCAGAGCAAGAGACGCUUCCGGCAGACAGCCUUUGCAUUACCUAUUUCAAAAGCCUUGGUCAGAUGAGACAUCUUGUCACGUGAUCUACCUGGCAUAUCUACUCAUUGAAGCUGGAGCGGAUAUCUGGGCUUGUGAUGAUCGUGGCAACACACCGACUUCGCUGGUCCUGAAACAUGAUCGAUGGGAUGAUUGGUGCAAGAUUCUGGAGCGCUGCGGUCUCGAUGUGGAACAUGUUCUCAGGACAGAGAGGGACCACCGCUGGAAUCGGCAACAUCUCAAUGAUGCUGAGCGGUCCGGUGUGGACACCGAACAUCUCGAGUUUCCUAAUCAUGAGGUCUCGUUGAGACGACGAGGAGCGUACACUCGAGAGGUUGAUGGAUAG